AUGGAGGCAAACAAGUGGGCUAUAUUGAUCGGAGUGAACUUUUACAGCAGCGGCAAUGCCAGACCAGGAAUGAACUUUACUCCACUGAACGGCUGCGUGGAGGGUGUACGUCGAGUCGAAGAGCUACUCCGUACGUCUUUCGGCUUGAAGGAGCCUUUCAUUUAUCGACUAACAGCCACAAGUCCUGGUCCUAGCGGUAAGCAGGAAGAACCUCAAGAGGAUCAGUCAGAAUGGCCUACGUACGAGAAUAUCAUCAAUAAGAUCCAAGAAGUAACGAAGAAAGCGAAGCCCAAUGAUUUAGUCUAUAUCCACUACUCAGGGCAUGGUGCGCAGGUUGAAACCGCCUUUAAAGAGUUCAAACCCAACGAAAUCGACGAAGCUCUCGUACCCACCGAUAUUUCCUCCACCGGACGUUAUCUUCGAGACGUAGAAAUCGCAUAUCUGCUUGAAGCAAUGGCGGAUAAAGGUCUCAUCGUUACACUAGUGCUGGAUUGCUGCCAUUCUGGUGGGGCGAACCGCGGUUCUUCUGGUCUUGUAAGAGGAAUUAAAAAGGUGGACAAUAACAAGCUUGAAUCCGAUAAGUCCUUAUUGGCUUCACAAGAAGAGCUGAAAGAAGCUUGGAGAAAGUCUAGAGCCGGUGGUGGACGCACUGUUAGAGUGGAGAACCAUUGGUUGUUGGAAACUCGGAGAUAUACCUUCAUCGCCGCGUGCCGCGCGCACGAGUAUGCAGCGGAGCAUAUAUUCGACGGCAAAGCACAAGGGCUGCUCACCCAUACCAUGAUAGACGCGCUCAAAAACAGCCCAUCACAUCUCACAUACUAUGAAUUGUGGAACCUCGUCGCUAUGAAGGUCCGUGAGCAUAAUGACGAGCAGAAUGUGAUACUGGGUGGUGAAGCAGACCGGUUGUUUUUCGCAUCUGGCCGCCGCGAACUUUUUUACGUGGUACCCAUAACGAAAGUCACCGAAACCAAACAGGGGACCAUUGUGGAAAUGAAAGUCGGAGCAGCGCAAGGGAUCCUUGAAGGUGCCGGAAUAGAUGUAUGGCCUUCGUCAUGCUUCGAUUUUAAGCCUUCGGAACGACUAGCAUUACUUAGGGUAACGGAAGUUGAAAACAGCGCGCUAAAGGCCGAGGUAACAGAACAUUAUGGAACUCCGAAGCUCCCGUUACAAUCUGGGUUUCUAGCUCGGCCGCAUGUGGUACCGCGAAUGAAUGUGCAAUUGGUCCGCCCCGAACCUCUCGGCGCUUACCAGGAUGCCAUAACAAAAGCACAAGAGGCUUUUCAUCAGCACGGAAUCCUCUUAUCGGAUAAUACAGCCGAUACUUCCUUCCGAGUUCAUGUGAAAAAUGGCAACUACGUGAUAUUAAGUGGUCAAGACCAACAACUUCGAAACCCAGUACCACCACUUGCCAUAGACGUCGACCGUGCGGCAGAAACACUAGCCCGUCGUAUAAUUCACUUGACAAGGUACUAUAAUAUACUCCAGUUAUCCAAUGCGGAAAGAAGCAUACCCGACGAGUGGUUCUCUCUCAGCUUGGAGAAAAAGCGCCGUUCGUUCCCAGAAAAACCGCGACUGGCCAAGGAUAAAUCAGGCCCAGCUACUUUCCCAUAUUCGAAAACUUGCGAAACAACAAACGAUGAGUGGCUAUUGCUUAAGGCGAAGAACACAUCAAGGAAAGAACUAUACAUCACAGUCAUGGAUCUUGACCGGUCUUGGGCGAUAGAUCAAAUAUACCCCUACGCCCCUGGCGUGAUCUACCAGCCACUGGCAUCCGAUGAAGUUCUAUACCUUCCCUUACAACUGACGGUACCUGAUGGUGCAACCGGCCUUAUCGACACUAUAAAAGUCUUUGUAACAACUGAUCCUACCAGUUUCCGGUGGCUGGAGCUCCCGGAACUUGAUGAGGGGAAACUGGGCCGUGCAAAUAACAUGAAGCCAAAGAAUGCGCUCGAGGUCUUACAAGAAUCUAUGAUGCUCCCCAAAUCGCGGAAGGUGUCUAUAUCUGCGUACAUCCCUACGGGGUGGGACACGGCUUCAUGCAUCGUGGAAACGCCCAAACACAGAUCUUAG